AUGUCUCCGGACAGUAUAGACGACUCUGCAGCCUCGUGCUGUUUUAAAUGUGAAAACAGCAUAAUUGCUGCAGAACUUAUUAAGUGUGAUGGUCUUUGCAGUAGAUCUUUUCAUAGUGAUUGUGCUCAAGUGAAAAAUUCUGUAUUAAAUGCAGUUAAUUCAUCCAAGCAAGUAAAAUGGUUUUGUGAUGCCUGUGUGUGUUAUACUCAAGCAAACAUCAUUCAAGAAUAUUUAGAAAAAUUUACCCAACUUGCUGAAGCAAAAAUAAAUGAUGGUAUAAUCAAAAUAGAAAACAGUGUUUUAAAUAAUAUAAAUGGGAAUAUAACUAAUAAAUUUAAUUUAUUAGAAGAAAAAAUCGAUAACAUUGUAAAAAAUUCUAACAAAAAAACAAUCGCAGAGGUUGUUAAAUUAAAUCUGCCACCAAAAUCACCGUCUGUAAAUCAAGGAAACAAAGUCGAUGAUAGUAAUCUACCCAAACAAGAAAGGGCGCUAGUAAACCUGGCGGAAGGAAAAAAUCAACAGAGGGCGCCAGAGCAAACGUCAACAAUUUCUGUCAACCCACCAAAUAACAACAAACAACCAAAUAAAAUACCUUAUAAGUCUGCCAAGAAAAUCGCGAAAGGAAAUAAUGAAGGAAAUGAAGGAUUUAAGGGCAUCUCUCCUAAGGCCUGGCUCCAUAUUUCCAGAGUAAAAAUUGGAGUAACAAACGAUAUGAUCGUAAGUCACAUAAAAAAUAAGUUAAGUUUAAAUGAAGAGGACAUAGUGGUAAAACAAAUCCAGGAAACUGAUAGACAAAAAUGCUUUAUGAUAGGGGUACCAUUUGUCAACAUAGACGAUGUUUACAAAACCGAUUUUUGGCCAAAUGGUGUUGGAUACAAGCGCUUUAGUUUUAACUAUAACAAUAAGGGAACUCAAAAUAUAGAAAAACAACCAAAUACUUUUUUAGGAGUAAAGUAA